AUGUCGUUCAAAGAAGACCUACUGCUGUUGCUAAAACCCUACUAUUGGAUCAACAUUCUGAUGAGCAUUUCGUUCAUCGUCGCAAAACGAGCACCGUUCAUCUGUGACUAUUUAUGGACUAAUCUGUUUCAACAAGAGGACCAGUGCGAGCUCGAUGGGCGCGAAACGGAAAUCCUGUUCUUUCUGCUGAUUGUGGUCAUGAUCCGGACGAGGAAAACAGGCAGUGUGACAAUGAUCAACUAUCUUACCUCCAGCUUCAUGUACACGAAAAUCGCAAACCUGGGCCUGUGGUUUUACAACGAUAUCCGUCUGGGCAUGAUCUACUUCGUGUUUUUCAUCUUGGUUGCACUGCUAUUGCCAGAACCAACGUACACCGGACCGGAGAAUGUGCUGUACUUCCGUACCGAGAACGGAUUGCAGGAGGAGCUCGAGAAAGACAAGCGCGUUACUUGGCUGGUAACGUUCUACACGGUUUGGAAUCCUGCGUGCGUGACGUUUGCUCCUGUUUUUUCGGAACUAUCGAAUGAAUACGCCUUGCCGAACUUAAAAUUUGGCAAGCUGGACAUCGGAAGGUUCCCGAAGAUUGGCGAAAAGUACCACGUCUCCGACAGCUCCUUCAGCCGUCAAUUACCCACCGUGAUCCUGUUUCGUCAGGGCAAAGAAGUCGCUCGUCGGCCGUACGCGGACAGCAAGGGCAAACUAGUGAAGUUCUUCUUUUCUUCCGAUAACGUGAAAGCUGCUUUUGAUUUGAAUAAUCUAUACAAGGAAUGUAAAGAUAACCCCAUCAAGGCAAUCAAAUCGAUAGCCGAAAAGAAGAAGGACUAA